AUGGCCCCAAGAACAAAAGAGGAGCUCGACGCUCUUUCGGUGAUCGACCCUGAAAUCGAAGCCAUCGUAAGGUCAAGGCCAUUGCCCGCCCCUGAAACUGAGACUGAAACCUCCAGCAUCGAGACGCGAGUCGCUCAACUUCGUUCGUUGGAGAGUCAAUGGCCCGUGCCCCCUCCAGUCGCCGGAGUCAAAGAAUCCAAUCCCAAGUUCACCACGCGGGACGGGGUCAACCUCAACCUAUUUGUCUAUGAACCUGCCUACGCAGACCCGCACUCAUCAACGCCCAGACCUUUGGUGAUCUUCUUCCACGGCGGUGGCGGCGUGAUCGGCUCGGCGAAGUCUGUCGCAUCGCUGGCUGGAAGCCUAGUUCUCGCGCAUGGCUGCGUGGUCGUGAGUCCGCAGUAUCGUCUGGCGCCCGAACACAAGUUCCCCACGGGGGUCAACGAUGGAUGGGACGCAUUUGUCCAUGUGACCUCCAAAGCAUCCGACUUGGGCGCCGACUGUUCUGCCGGGCUUGUGGUCGGUGGCGUCAGCUUCGGUGCCGUCCUGGCCAGUGUCAUCGCGCUGCGGGCCAAAGAAGAGAACCGGACGCCCAGGAUCACGGGCUUGUACUUCUCCGCCCCGUCGUUGAUCGCGAGCAGCGACACCGUCCCGCCCGAGUACAAGGACCAGUACCGCUCGCGGACCGACGAACGUUGUCUCAGCUCGCCGGUCCUGGACAAGAAGACCAAAGCACUCUUCGAUGCUGCCUACGGCGCGGACCCCAAGUCUCCACUGUACCGCGUCUUGAAUGUGCAGCCGCUGUCGAAGCACGCGGGGAUUGCGCCGAAAGCAUACUUCCAGAUCUGCGGCAUGGACAUUCUCCGCGAUGACGGGUUCAUCUACGAGCAGAUUCUGGCUGCAUCCGGGGUCGAGACCAAGGUGGACGUGUACCCAGGGGCGCCGCAUAUCUUUUGGGCCGUCUUCCAGAGCAUCAAGCAAGCGACAAAAUGGAAGGAUGACACGGUGAGAGGUGUAGGCUGGUUACUUGAUCGACAAUGA